UGCAAGUGGGAGUCUUUUACGUCCCCCGUUUGUCCUCCAUUGCCUGGAUUGAAGAGCGACAUCUUACAGCUUUUCUCGUGGUCUGCGGGCCUUGUGCCCCUCAUGAUGGAAGCAUUCUUAAAGUUAAAGGGACCUUGGGGUAAGAAAUGGAAGAAAAGGAAGAAAAAACUACAACCGGCUAAUGGAGGCAAAAGAAGCAUACCUGACGGUGGUGAAUACGUGCCCUACUCCAACCCACCGCCGCCGAAUUCAGAUCCGAGCCCAGACGAAAUUCUUAAAGGCGGGGAAGAACCCAGCGCAAACAAUUCUGAAGAAAAUAAAACUGAAGAAUGCCCCACAACUGUAGAACCGACUUCAGCUGAUGAUAAAAAAUUGUUUAAAGAUAUCCCCCCUAAAGCUCUUGAACUACUGGUUAUUCAACUGCAACCUUUAUGUCCGUUUGGAAAGGACUACCGGUUGUUGGCUGACAAAAUGGGAUACAGUAAUGAGUACAUCAAGUAUCUUGAAAGCUCACCUAAACCAGUGAAUGAAUUGCUUAUGAAAUAUGCAAUAGAGGACCGAACAAUUGAAGAAUUGUUAUCAUUUUUAAAACAAAUAGACAGACCAGAUGUGGUAGAGGACCUUGAGCAAUUUAUAGAGAAAACACCUCCUCGAAGAGUACUUGAAGAACGAUUUCAGAAACCAAAGGUUGAAGAACGGAAAACAAUUCGUGCCUCUUAUGAUGCAUUCAUCUGCUUCGAUGAGAGAGACCGAGCUUUUGUGGAUGAACUUGUCAAGAUAAUGGAGAGUGAACCUUAUAAGCGUCAUGUGUGUGAGACCAGAAGGGAUCUCCUGCCUGGUGGUUCACGUUAUGAGGGUAGUGCCACGGCUAUCGAAAAAAAUUGUAGAAACGUGGUUCUUGUGUGGUCCAGGCAUUACGAUGACAGUGAUAUGGCUCGCUAUGAAUCAAAUGUAGCCAUGAGUAUGGCAACAGGAACCAACAAAAAAUUUGAAAUAAUUCCAGUUCUUAUUGAUGAUGGUUACAGAGAGAAUAUUCCUCGGUCCAUGUCUCAUUUUUAUUACCUCGAUUACAAUCGACUGGAAAAAGAAUUGUUCUGGAAUAAGCUGGCAAUGUCACUGGGCUGGAAAUCACCUGAUCAAUACUGAGAGCGUCGAGUAACAAACUCAACGAUGGACUUUCACCUUUAUCCGGAUCAAAGUCAGUUUUUGAGCAACUGCCCACUUACCCUUCCCCUAACAGUCAACAGAGAAUAAGUUAGGGGAGGAGUAGGUGUGCAGUUGCUCAGAAACUGACAUUGAUCCAAAUAUCCUAUGGCGCGAAAGGCAACAGGAAACCGCGUCAAACAAUCACUUCGUUAUGAAGACCUCCUUUUUGUGUCCCAAGUAAGAGUUACAUAAUUUUCUCAACUGACAAAUGGUUAUUGUGGUGAGGGACAUGAAGGUUAGAGCGUUUGUCGAUGGAAUGGCGUAAAACCGACAACUUUGUAAGAAGAGCCAGUGAAACUAAAACUAAUUAGUCUAACGCGGGCAUUUAAACGCGAGAGACCCAUUCCCAAGUUGGUUUGGGUUUGACAUCAGAUUCUUUGAGAAGGUGUGGGUUUUCUUUGUUUUCUCUUUGUUUUUUGUUUUUUUCCUGCAGCCAAUCACAAUUGAAGUUAGAGCAAUUUUAAAACGACCCCAGAGUAAUGAAGGAUUGCUUUGGUUCAGCUUCAUUGCGACAUGUGGUUAGUUCAGGAAAUUAAAGCCAUACGUCCACCAAUCAGACUCAGAGUAAAAACCAAUGGUGACUUGGUCAGUGGUCACCCUCUUUUUCCCGCGCAUUGAACCGUUUGUUUGUUUUUUUUUUUACGUCAUCUUUUUGUCUCUGUGUAAUUUUUUUCCUUUGUUUUGAUCGGCUGUUUUGGUUUAACAUUACCCAAUCUAAAUGCGCUCAAGUUCAAACCAUCGCGGUCAUCAAUUCUGCCUAAGGCUUACUUGAAAACUGUUUUAGCAUCGACUUAAUCCUGUGACACUGAAUUCGGCUACGGCUGGUCUCAUCUCAGCAUUUGUCAGCGAGAAAAGAAUAUACUUGCUCCAUAUAAAGUCACCUCUCGUGUAUUUUUCAUUAGAAAUUUGGUAGCUAUUGUAAAUAAAUUGAUAGGGGUGUUCUAGUUUGUUGUAUAUAUUAUAUAUAUAUCGUGAUGUUUUAUAUAUACUCAAUCUUUUAUGACUUACAUUAAUAUUUUUUAUUUCAAUGUUGUUUUCUUUUAUGAAUCCCGUGUGUUAUUAAAUGUGUAUGAUAUGUAUGAGUUCUUUUUAACCUUUUCGCUCCCGAGAUCCCAUCUGAAACUCUCCAUACUGACUGCCAUAAAAUCCUUAUGAUGCUAGUUUGGAGAAUUUGGUUUUGGAUCAACAAAUGAUCCGCUAAUUGGUAGUUUCUUCGAUUUCAUCACUUGUCUGCUUGCUAUUGUAUGGAUAGCAUGGUCAUUCUUGUGACGAGUGAAUGGUGAAUUGUGAAUGGUUUUAUUCGAUACCUUAAUAGCAGCAUGGGCUGAAUUGCCAAGGUUUACAAUGUUGUUAAGGUUGAAAUUAAAGCCAUACGAUCAGAUUCAGGGUAAAAACCAAUGGUGACUUGGUCAGUGGUCACCCUCUUUUUCCCGCGCAUUGAACCGUUUGUUUGUUUUUCUUUACGUCAUCUUUUUGUCUCUGUGUAACUUUUUUUGUUUGUUUUGAUCGGCUGUUUUGGUUUAACAAUACCCAAUUGAAAUGAUGUUGAUGGUCUGUUUAUCAGGUGUAGUUGGCAUGUAAGAGUUUGGAGUGUUUUAGAUGGGAAACUUUUUAUGGAGAGUAAUCAUUUUAUUUUGGCCAGAUGAGGAAGUACUUGUAAUAAGACGGGUUGUUAAUAACCAUGGGCCGCAUUCCACCUGCUAAUCAGAAAAGUACUCUCCCCACCCUCAGUAAAAGCCUCCUUUUGGGGGGAGGGGGUUGAUGUGUGAAAUCCCAAGGAACGGCCGCGAAGCAAACUACUAGCAACCUUGGAUGGAACGCAUCAAGUCGAGGUUUCGUGGUAAACUUCCUUAGGAAAAAAUGAGGGGAACAACAGUUUUCUCUCUUUCCACAGAUUUUGAUUGGCUUUCACUUCUUUUAUUUUGAAUUUUUAUGACAAGUGGGUCUCAUUUGUGACGUCACUUUGAGAUGAAAAUGAAUGGGAGAAAGAAAGGAAAACAUCGUUUGAAAUUACGUUGAUUGCAGGUUCAUGCCUCGCGUUCAUGUCUUCAAUCCAAGGCAAGGAUUAUUGGUUAUUGGUUAUUCUGUUUAGUUGUUUAAGUUUGGUGAAAAUUACAAAUUGUAAAGCUGAAACUUCUCUCUGGCUUGAUUAUUGAACGUUCCGAACAUAGGAAUCACGCAAAUAAGUAUAUGGGAUGGGACGUGUUUAAGUUAAUAGAAUUUACUGCACAGUAAUCACCCUCAAUUUUUUGUACAUCCAUGAAAUUCUUUACUGUUCCUGUUUUUUUUUUUUUUUUGCUUUAGCUUUGUUGUGUUCUGGUCAAGUUUUGUUUUCUUUUUUUCUCUUCGUUUAUCCAACAUCUACUUUAUUUUCGCUGUUAUUAUCAUAUUUUACUUUAAAAUACCAUGGCCUGUGAAUAAACAGAAGUAUUUCA